AUGGCUGGUCUGUUACCUGAAGGAUCCCAGUUCGAUGCUCGUCAAUUUGAUUCUAAGAUGAAUGAGUUGCUCACAACUGAAGGACAAGAUUUCUUUACCUCAUAUGAUGAGGUGUAUGAUACUUUUGAUGCUAUGAAUUUGAAGGAGAACCUUCUGAGGGGUAUCUAUGCAUAUGGUUUUGAGAAGCCAUCUGCAAUUCAGCAAAGGGGGAUUGUCCCAUUCUGCAAGGGACUUGAUGUAAUCCAACAAGCACAAUCAGGAACUGGAAAAACUGCUACCUUUUGCUCUGGAAUUUUGCAGCAGCUUGAUUAUGAUGUAGUUGAAUGCCAAGCUUUGGUUCUUGCACCUACUCGAGAACUAGCACAGCAAAUUGAGAAGGUUAUGAGAGCACUGGGCGAUUAUCUGGGUGUCAAGGUUCAUGCUUGUGUUGGUGGAACUAGUGUUCGUGAGGAUCAGCGCAUUCUCUCAGCUGGGGUUCAUGUUGUAGUUGGUACUCCUGGUCGUGUGUUUGACAUGUUGCGGAGACAAUCACUUCGCCCUGAUUACAUCAAGAUGUUUGUAUUAGAUGAAGCAGAUGAAAUGCUCUCACGAGGUUUCAAGGAUCAGAUAUAUGAUAUUUUCCAGUUGCUGCCACCAAAGAUUCAGGUUGGGGUUUUCUCUGCUACUAUGCCACCUGAGGCUCUAGAAAUUACAAGGAAGUUCAUGAAUAAGCCUGUGAGGAUUUUAGUGAAGCGUGAUGAGCUUACCCUUGAGGGUAUCAAGCAAUUUUAUGUUAAUGUCGACAAGGAGGAAUGGAAGCUUGAGACACUUUGUGAUUUAUAUGAGACCUUGGCUAUAACCCAAAGUGUUAUCUUUGUGAACACUAGGCGCAAGGUAGAUUGGCUUACAGACAAGAUGCGCAGUCGUGACCACACAGUCUCUGCCACCCAUGGAGAUAUGGACCAAAACACAAGGGACAUUAUUAUGCGGGAAUUCCGCUCUGGUUCUUCUCGUGUGCUUAUCACUACUGAUCUGCUGGCUCGUGGUAUCGAUGUCCAGCAGGUCUCACUUGUGAUCAAUUAUGAUCUGCCGACACAGCCAGAGAACUAUCUGCAUCGUAUUGGUCGUAGUGGACGUUUUGGAAGGAAGGGUGUUGCUAUAAAUUUUGUUACCAGGGAUGAUGAAAGAAUGCUUUCUGACAUCCAGAGAUUUUAUAAUGUAACAAUUGAGGAGCUGCCAUCAAAUGUUGCUGAUCUUCUUUGA